CUGCUGCUGCUGCAGCUGCUGUUGUCGAGCUGUCAAAGAGAGUACUAACUGUCAAACACGCACUUAUUAUUGGAUUAAUUUUGUCUCAGGAUUUUCUCUGACGUGAUGGAGCUAUUAUGGGGUGGGUCACACACCCUGUGACAUGUGGACCGAAGCAAGAAUCUCCCACCUUGCAUCUCUUCAACAACACAGUCGAUCACUGUCAUGGCCUCCAGUUAUCCACCCCCCUUUGAGGGCACAAGUGAAGUGAAGGAGGGCUUUCUUUGCCCACUGUGCCUGAAGGACCUUCAGUCAAUCUCCCAACUCCAAGGCCACUAUGAAGAGGAGCACUCGGGGGACGACCACCAUGUGAGGGGACAGCUCAGAAGUUUGGUUCUGAAGGCAAAGAAAGCCAAAGACAAGUUGUUGAAAAGGGAUGGCGACGACAGAACAGAUACAGGCACUUAUGUGUCCUUCUGCUGUGUGGACCCCUACAUGUGGGAGCCUCAGGAGCUGGGAGCAACCCGAAGUCACCUGGACUUCUUUAAAAAGCACCGGGCAGCCAGGAUAGAUCACUAUGUCAUUGAGGUCAACAAGCUCAUCAUCAGACUGGAAAAGUUGACGUCGUUUGACAGGGUCAAUUCCGAUGCAGCCAAAAUCAGAGCCAUUGAGAAGUCGGUGGUGUCAUGGGUGAGUGACUCAGAUGUCCCGUUCUGUCCUGACUGUGGAAACAAGUUCAACAUCCGGAACAGGCGGCACCACUGUCGUCUCUGUGGGUCCAUCAUGUGUCGGAAGUGCAUGGAGUUUGUCCCCUUGCCUUUGGCUCAAAAGCUUAUUAGUGGGACACGAGAGGCCCUGUGUGUACCUGGAAGCCCCCCUCAGUCCCAGUCUCCCCCUGCAGGAGGUGGCAGUGGUGGUGGUGGGAUGGGCUCCAGGAGAGGCAGCAUCAGCAGCCUGAGCAGCGUUACCUCCAUGUUAGAAGAGAAGGACGAUGAGAAGAUUCGCUGCUGUCACCACUGCAUGGACACGCUGUUGAAGAGACAGCAGAAACUGGAAGAAAAGGAUCACAUGCCGGAUGUCGUGAAACUUUAUGAGAGGCUGAGGAUGUGCAUGGAGAAGGUGGAUGAAAGGGCUCCAGAGUACAUCAAAAUGGCCGAGUCGCUCAACGCCGGAGAAACCACUUACAAUCUUGACACUGCUGCUGGACUGAGGCUGGAAGUACAGAAAUACUACGAAUUAAUCGAUGCUCUGAGUAAGAAGAUUUUAACACUAAGAGCAAAAGAUGAUCCACCACCGCAUCCGAAGGCCCUCCAGCUGCAGAGGAUGAUCCGUUACACAGCCACGCUAUUUGUCCAGGAGAAGCUGUUAGGUCUCAUGUCUUUACCCACUAAGGAUAAAUAUGAAGAGCUGAAGGAAAAAAGGAAACAGGAACAAGAAAAUAGACUCAGGCAGGAGUCUGAGAAAAACCGUCCACCCCCCAGUACCAAUGGAGAGCUGCCACAAGCCCCUAGAGCUCCGCGCAUGACCAAAGCUGGUGGUUGGUUGCCCUCCGCAGACUCCGUCCAUACACGCGACGAGUUGCAGGACCCCCUCCUGCAACAGAUCGAGAACAUACAGUCAUUCCUUCGCCAGGCCCGGGAGGCCCAGAGGACAGACGAGGUGGCCAUAUUGGAGGAGAACUUGCGUCAGCUGCAGGACGAAUACGAUCAGCAGCAAACCAGCCUCGCCAUCGUGCUCUCCCAGAAGCUGGCUGAGGAGGAGAGCAUGCAGCAGGGGGAGCUCCAUCGUCUGGAAACCCGGGAAAGAGAGGAGAGGGAGCACUGGGGCCCCGCCGUGGGCUCCACCCAGCCGUCCAUCACCUGGGAGAGGACUCUGGAUAUAAGUGGGACUGGGGGCUUCCAAGGAGAGGAAGAUGCUGAAGCAGAGGAGCUGACUCCAAAAGCUGAAAGGAGUCCAUCUUCUGUAAGGGCGUUCCCUGCUCUCACAAGCCAAGAGGAGUCGCCUCCCAGGCUGAGGAGCUUAGGGGGCCAUGUAACCCCCCCUGGUGGUGAAGGACAGACUAGCGCCUCACUUAACCCUUUCGAUGAUGAGGACUCUACCCCCAUUGAGGAGGAUCCAUCCAAUCCCUUCUUUGAGGACAUAAAGAGGGAGCACAAAGAGGUAACCAAUGGGAAGAAAGAAUACAACCCAUUCGAUGAAGAUGAAGAGGUUGAGGAGGACAAACAGGCUGAGAGUGUACCCAGAAACCCCUUCGAGGAGGAGGACGACGACGAUGCCGACACAGGUAACCCUUUCUUGGAGGCCUCUGGGAAUUCUCCAGAAGUCUCAACAAACCCCUUUGACGGGGACGAUGAUGACGAGGUUCUCCCAGACUUGGACAUGAUAGAGGAGGAGCUGCUGCUGCAGCAAAUUGACAACAUUAGGGCCUACAUUUUUGACGCCAAGCUGAGCGGCCGUCUCGACGAGGUGGAACUCCUGUCAGAGAACCUCAGAGAGCUACAGCACACCCUGCAGGAACAGAAGAAGAAGAAGCACUGACACCUUCCUGUCAUAAUCCCUGUGAUUACCUGCUACUUACCAAGUCCUGCAAGGCUAGCUCACUUUACACGACUAAUGAGCCCACUGCUUUAAUUUGGGUGAGGUCUGAUGCACCACGCAAAGAUUAGACCUAAAAUUAAAAAUGUGCUAUGGCUCAGGAGUCAGGAGUGACUCUCUUAAUUUCCAAACAUCCUUCUAAACCACUUAUCCUGCACAGGGUCGCAGAGGGCUGGAGUCGAUCCCAGCAUGCACAGUUUCAAAGCACUGCAAAUUAAAAACUGUUCAGGCAUAUUGCUGAAGAUAUUAACCCUGUUGCACCAGGGUAAACACGAACAAUGGAAGACAGAAGAAUGCAAUUUAAAUGAUUUUUUUUCAGUGGGAUGGUCCGAUGGUUCUUUGGGGCGAGUGUGGUUGUAUGAUUUGGCUCUCUGGUGGAAGCUAUGAACUGAGUCAAAAUGUAAUUGUGACCAUUUAGGGAGCGAUGAAGGGAUUUGAUGCUUGUUUCGUAAUCUAACAUUAAACAAAAUGCGUACAGUUUUUUUUUUUUUUUUUUUGACAUUUACAGUAAUACUCCUUAAGACAUAUAAGACUUUAAUGUAUAAAAUUGAUGGAGUUGCAUCGAUAUUUGUACUACGUGGUUGAACCUACAACUUUCUGGCAAUUGAAGUUCUUGCUGUUCAUCGAACCAAGACCAAAGAACCAAACCAUGCAUUAAUGCUCUAACUGGGCCAUGACAAAUUAUAAACACUGUCUGACAGUUUAAUGACAAACAUAUGAAUUUAGUUUGAUGACCAUAUUUGGGCAACCUAGUGUUUAAAGGAAACUGAUUAUUGAAUAGUUAUAUUAUUCACAGGCUUAAAGGAAUACUUCACCCACAAAAUGGCUAUUUGUUUAUCAGUUCGUCAGACCUUGUUACUUUGAGUUUUUGAAGAGAGUUUUUUUCACACUCCACAGAAACAUGGCAAACAUUGAUUGGAUAAAUGAGAUUUGGAGUGUUUUCACGAUAUCAGAAAUUCGAACUUCAGAUACAAUACUUAUGAGAUACUAUUUUCAAUAGCAUGGGGAAAAUUGACUUUGAGCACACAUAAUUUUGAAAUUUUGUUAAAAUAUAACUAUAACAAAGCUAUAAAAUGACAAGAAUGACUUUCUCUUCUUACUACUGGACUGUAGUAAACAUUAACAGUAAUUAACACUUAUUGUUGACAUAAAUGAAAACGGCAUCAUUUUGCAGUAGUGCACGUUGAAAAGCCUCUGAGAUUGUAACACAUUUAAACAUUCAAAAGGCAACAAAAGAAAAAACAAAACAAAAAUGUGCUGCAAAAGCCUAUGACAGAGCAAAAAAAAAAGUGAUGAGAGAGGAGGCGGGGCUGUGGGGACACUGCAGCAAUCUGCGUGUGUCUACUCGCUCUUAAGGAGAAGAGAGC